AAAAAACAAUAAAGGGUGUAAUGGAAUAGGAUGCAGCCAAGAAUUUUAGGAUGAAAAAAUAAGGUAGUAAAUAGGAGAAGAGAGAGAGAGAGGGGGAGAGAGAGAAUCGGAGAUGGAGUUAAUAAUAGAAUUGCGGCACCUGUUUGCGACGGUGUUUCUGGGCAAUUUGGGUUCCAACUUGGUGUUUCCGGCCAUUGCCGAUAUAACGAUGGAUUCUGUAUGUCCUGGCCGCCGAGAUCAGUGCUCCCUUGCCUUUUAUCUCACCGCCUUCCAACAGGCGAUAAGUGGAUUGGGAGCCAUGAUUUUGACACCAUGGAUUGGCAGCCUAUCAGACAAAUAUGGGAGGAAGAGUAUGCUAACUUUUCCCAUUGUCCUCUCCAUUUUUCCACAUGGUCCUAAAGCAAUAUUGGCUUAUAAAAGAACCACAAGUUUCUUCUACGCUUACUAUGUGAUGAAGAUGCUGAUUGCCAUGAUCUCCCACGGCACUCUAAUUUCCCUUGCCCUCGCUUACGCUGCGGACAAAGUUUCAGCAGAGCGACGAAUAUCAGCUUUUGGAAUCGUAUCGGGAGUUUUUAUGACAUCUUUCUUGUGCGGAAACUUGGCAGCUCGGUUCCUUUCGAUUGCUGCAAUCUUUCAGGUCGCUAUGUGUUUGUCAUUGAUUGCAAUUUUGUACAUGAGAAUUUUUCUAGAAGAAAGUAUUUCCAUUCAAAACAAUUCGUUAUCUCAUCCAAUUUCUAAGAUGGAAUAUGGAGGAGACGGCGACGACGACGACGACUUUUCUCAAUUGGCUUCAACAACAUUCGAAACAACUUCCUCCCUAAACCAAAUCACUUCCUUGCUUAGGAGAAGGUCGACAUUUUCACGAACGGCAACUGUAUAUUUCUUCCAUAGCAUUGCCUUGGGUUGGACAUAUGGUUCAUUGCAGUUCUACCUGAAGGGUCGUUUUCACUCCAACAAAGACCAAUUUGCUAGCUUAUCGAUAAUUAUUGGGGGUUUGGGAGCUAUUUCCCAGACGAUUGUGGCUUCUUCCUUAUCAGCUGUGAUGGGAGAUAAAAAGUUGCUUUCAGUAGCUCUCUUUGCAACCUUUAUACAAAUGCUCAUUUUAAGCAUAUCUUGGUCAUUUUGGGUUGUUUAUGCAUCAUCUUCACUUUUUCUACUUUCUUGGUGUGUACUUCCUGCGGCAUGCAGUAUUGCAUCAAAGCAAGUUGAGUCUCAUGAACAGGGAAAAGCUCAAGGCUGCCUUUCAGGCAUUCAAAGCUUUGCUUAUGCUAUAUCUCCAUUAGUUUUUAACCCUCUAGCAGCUCUUUUUUUAUCCGAGGAUGCACCAUUUAACUUCCCUGGUUUUACUAUUUUGUGUCUGGCAUUUACAACGUUGAUGGCCUUUGUAUUCAGCCUUACCAUCAAAGUAAACCAAGUCUUCCCCUUGCCCCCUAUUUAAGGAGCCAUUGUAUGUCGGUACAACCAAGAAAACAUAUUGAUUAAAGUUGUUCUUCAUCCAUCUUUGCCUCUCUGCUUUUCUUUCCAAAACCAAAUUUGGUAUUAGAGCUUUACUAUGGCCGAUGUCCAAGAUAAAAAUCAACCAGUAGAUUCCAUCACCCUCACUCCUUCCACACUACAAGAAAUAAGGGAUACAAUAGCUAACAAAAAAAGCUAUGGUAGACUUUUAUAGCAUUUUUUUAAGGUUCUGAUAGCCAUCUUAUUAAAAAUCUAAAACUUUUUAUAGCGUUUUUAUAUAGGUAUAACGAAUGCUAUAAUAGAGUAAGAAGAUAUACCCUUUUGUUCCUUGCUUUUCAGUGACGACUAGAAAGUCUGUAACUCAUUGAGCAAAGUGGUAAGGUUGUA